GAUCUUAGCUUUAAUAAACUAGAAGGGCCACUUCCAAAUUUUCAAUAGUCUCUCUUUAGUUUGAGUCAUAUAUAUUUAACAAGUAACUUACUCAGUGGGCCUAUUCCAGCGUGGAUGAACAAAAUCGGAGAUGCACUCAUGAACAUAGAUAUAUCUUACAAUAACUUUUCGGAGAUAUCUGAACCAUCAACUUGUCAAGAUCAUUUCAAUCACUUUCAGAGCACAUCUGGUCAUGAAAAUAGCUCAACGCUCAGCAAGUGCUUGGCUCCAUGUUCAAAAGAUUAUUAUUCAUUGCAUAUAAAUUGUGGUGGAAAAGAAACUACCAUUGGAGGCAUAAAGUAUGAAGGGGAUGAGGAAUUUGUAGGUCCUGCAAAUUUAUUCCAUAACUCAGCCUACACUUGGGGAUUUAGCAACACCGGUCAUUUCGAAAACUUGGAAAAUAAUGGGACAGAAUAUAUAGUAAAUACUGUAUUUGAAUUAGGAGUGAAGAACUCAAAGCUCUACACAACUGCACGCAUCUCGCCUCUUUCGCUAACUUAUUUUGCUCGUUGCUUAAGAAAUGGAAAAUACACUGUGAAACUACAUUUUGCAGAGAUAGUAUUUAGAAACGACACAUCUUAUGAUAGUGUUGGAAGACGAGUAUUUGAUGUUUAUGUUCAGGAAAAACGGGUGUUGCCAGAUUUCAACAUUAAAGAGGAAGCGAAAGGAGUUGAUAAGGAAUUUAUCAAAGUAAUUAACGCAGUUGUUGUGAGUCAUAACACAUUGGAGAUCCGCCUCCAAUGGACGGGGAAAGGGACAAAGAAUGUUCCAAUGCUAGGAAAAUAUGGGUCUUUAAUAUCAGCUAUCUCAAUAGAAUCUGGGGAAGGACAUUUUAGUAAGACCAAAAUCAUUGUCGGCCUUGUUGUAGCUGUUUCUGUUGGUGCAACAUUAUUAGCUGUUGUAGCCUUCGGUUUGCAUAGACGAAAAGCUAAGAGAAAAAGAACUGCAACAAAUAAUGAUUUGAUUUGGACAAGUACUAACUUGAAGAACGGAGACGAUCAACCCGAGCUUCAUUUUUUUGACUUGGAUAGCAUACUAAUGGCCACAAACAAGUUUAGUAGUACAAACAAACUUGGUCAAGGAGGAUUUGGUCCUGUUUAUAAGGGACAACUAUAUGGGAAAGAAGUUGCAGUGAAAAGACUGUCUAGCAGCUCAUCACAAGGCUACGAAGAAUUUAGGAAUGAAAUAAUAUUGAUCUCCAAACUGCAACAUAGAAAUCUUGUUAAGCUCAUUGGUUGCUGCAUUGAAAAUGAAGAGAAGUUAUUAAUAUACGAGUUCAUGCUCAACAAGAGCUUAGAUACUUUUAUUUUCGAUGAUAGAAGAAGGGAAGAGCUUGAUUGGGCCAUACGGUUCAACAUUAUUGAUGGCAUUGCGAGAGGUCUUGUGUAUCUCCAUCGCGAUUCCAGUUCAAGGGUGAUACAUCGAGAUUUGAAAGCCAGUAAUAUUCUAUUGGAUGAGAAGAUGACUCCAAAAAUUUCUGAUUUUGGAUUAGCAAGGAUUUUUGAAGGCACGUUAGAUCUAGCAAAUACUCAUAGGGUGGUAGGAACUAUCGGCUAUAUGUCUCCAGAGUACGUAUUCAGAGGAAUCUUUUCGGAAAAAUCUGAUGUGUUUAGCUAUGGCGUGUUACUACUAGAGAUAAUAAGCGGGAAAAAGAAUACUAGCUUCAAGGAUGAGGAUCAAUACCAAGGCCUUAUUGCAUAUUCAUGGCAGCUAUGGAGUGAAGGCAGAGGAAUAGAGUUGGUGGAUGAAGCAUUAGGCAAGUCAUAUAAUGAAUCAAAGGCAUUGAAAUGCAUACACAUUGGGCUUCUGUGCGUUCAAGACUUUGCCACAGAUAGACCUUCCAUGGCUCAAGUAGCUUCCAUGUUAAGUAACCAAAUAUUUCAUCAACCUCAACCCAAACAACCUGUUUUUACUUUUCAAGCCAGCAGUGGUAGUUAUGAUCCUUCCACACAAAGUGGUAAUAGAUGCUCUGUCAAUGAGGUCACUGUAUCAAUGGUUGAACCACGAUAAAAAAGAAAAACUUCAACUGUAAAUUAUGUUAAAUGCAUAUUGGGCUACGCCUACGCUAUUCAAUAUUUUCUUUUAAAUUUAAUGAACUCCAUUUUGUUAAAACUUGAAAGGAAAUUACUCUAAUGAUUGCAACAAAACCAAAUGUUCUUUUUGUAGA